UUGGCUUGUGGCAAGAGCCCUGGGGCUGUUGGUUCCCAUGUGGUGGCACAUAAAGCUCUCGCCACUGUUUAUUGAGUCCUUCACUGCCCUGUUUUGACGUCUUGUCUUAGUCUUCAUAAUGAUCUUUUGCAGUAAGAACUAUUGCUGUCCUCAUUUCACAAAUGAGUAAACUAAAGUUCAGAAAGGUUAAGUGACUUCCAAAAGGUCACACAUCUAGGAAGUACCUGAGCUGGAAUUUGAACCAGAUCUGUCUGAAUUCACACACCAUGUUCACAGCCACCAUCCUGUGCCAAGACACAUCACUGAACAUUUCUGGAGAUCAGUUUCCCUGUCUACCAAAUGGGGAAAAAUAUAGCCCAGUGCAUUCCUACCAGAUUACUGUGAGAUGAAGACAGUGACAAAAUGGAAAAGUCAAAGACUAUGUGCAAAGGGGAGGUACUAUUAUUAAUCAGAGAAGUGCUGCUUUGUUGGGUACAAUUUGAAGUGUCUGCACAAGACCCUUCAUUCUGGUACACCUUGACUCUCCCCGGAGACAGCCCCUGUGCUCGAGUUGGCCACAGCUGUUCAUAUUUACCCCCAGUUGGUAAUGCCAAGACAGGGAAGGUCUUCAUUGUUGGCGGAGCAGAUCCAAACAGAAGCUUCUCAGACGUGCACGCCAUGGAUCUGGGAAAACACCAGUGGGACUUAGUUACCUGCAAGGGCCUCUUGCCCCGCUAUGAACAUGCUAGCUUCAUUCCUUCCUGCACAUCUGACCAUAUCUGGGUAUUUGGAGGUGCCAACCAAUCAGGAAAUCGAAAUUGUCUACAAGUCCUGAAUCCUGAAACCAGGAUGUGGACCACGCCAGAAGUGACCAGCCCCCCACCAUCCCCAAGAACUUUCCACACAUCAUCGGCAGCCAUUGGAAACCAGCUAUAUGUCUUUGGGGGCGGAGAGAGAGGUGCCCAGCCUGUGCAGGACACGAAGCUGCACGUGUUUGACGCAAAGACUCUGACCUGGUCACAGCCAGAGACACUUGGAAAUCCUCCAUCUCCCCGGCAUGGUCAUGUGAUAGUGGCAGCAGGGACAAAGCUCUUCAUCCAUGGAGGCUUGGCAGGCGACAAGUUCUAUGAUGAUCUCCACUGCAUUGAUAUAAGUAACAUGAAAUGGCAGAAGCUAAGUCCCACUGGGGCAGCUCCAGCAGGCUGUGCUGCCCACUCAGCUGUGGCUGUGGGAAAUCACCUGUACAUCUUUGGUGGAAUGACUCCUGCAGGAGCACUGGAUACAAUGUACCAGUAUCACACAGAAAAGCAGCAUUGGACCUUGCUUAAAUUUGAUUCUUUUCUACCCCCUGGACGAUUGGACCAUUCCAUGUGUAUCAUUCCAUGGCCAGUGACGUGUGCUUCUGAGAAAGAAGAUUCCAACUCUCUCACUCUGAACCAUGAAGCUGAGAAAGGGGAUUCAGCUGACAAAGUAAUGAGCCACAGUGGAGACUCACAUGAGGAAAGCCAGACUGAUACACUGCUCUGUUUGGUGUUUGGUGGGAUGAAUACAGAAGGGGAAAUCUAUGAUGAUUGUAUUGUGACUAUAGUUGACUAAUAAAACCCACAUUUUUAUUACCUGUCA